UGUGUGUGGGUAAGAGAGUAAGAGACUAACUGCCAUUAGUUUAAAUUAAAUUUGAAGCUUUUCCAACAGUGCCUACUGCAACAAACUGAGCAUAAAGCAAAACCCAGUUUCUCCAUCAAUUCCAUAUUACUCUUUCACCAUCUAGGUCUGGGGUGUGUGAGGAGACAUUGAGUCAUUGUUAAUUUGCUAUGGAGGAAGUGGACAACAAGCAAGUUAUAUUCAAAGGGUACAAAGAGAGACCACCAAAAGAGACAGAUAUGGAAAUCAAGGUUAGCAAGAUUAAGCUCAGGGCUCCUAAAGGGUCAGGAGCUAUUCUGGUCAAGAAUCUGUACCUAUCUUGUGACCCUUUCAUGAGGGGCCGUAUGCGUGAUUUCCAGGGCUCUUACAUUCCCCCCUUUGUUCCUGGUCAGGCCUUGGAAGGAUUUGGCGUAUACAAAGUUAUAGAUUCCGAGAAUUCAGAUUUCAAGCCUGGUGAUUUAUUUUCUGGACUUACUGGGUGGGAAGAAUACAGCUUAAUUUGCAGACCACAGCAGUUUAGGAAAAUUCAGCAAGAUAAUAUUCCUCUUUCAUACCAUGUUGGCCUUCUCGGCAUGCCAGGUUUUACUGCUUAUGUAGGAUUCUUUGAGGUCUGCUCCCCUAAGAAAGGGGAAUAUGUCUUUGUCUCUGCAGCUUCUGGAGCCGUUGGUCAGCUUGUUGGCCAACUUGCGAAGUUGCAUGGUUGCCAUGUAGUUGGAAGUGCUGGCACAAGCAAAAAAGUUGACCUUCUCAAGAAUAAACUUGGAUUCGAUGAAGCUUUUAACUACAAGGAAGAACUAGACCUUGAUGCAACAUUGAAAAGGUACUUUCCACAAGGCAUUGACAUCUACUUUGAUAAUGUGGGUGGAGAGAUGCUUGAUGCAGCACUUCUAAACAUGAGGAUUAAUGGCCGCAUCGCAGUUUGUGGGGCAGUGUCCCAGCAGAGCCUCUCUAAGCCACAAGGGAUUCACAACUUGUACAGUCUCAUUAUAAAGUCCAUCAAAAUGCAGGGAUUCCUGCAACACAAUUACUUGCACCUAUACCCACGCUUCAUGGAACAUGUUAUCAGUUAUUACAAGCAAGGUAAAAUUUUUUACAUUGAAGACAUGAACGAAGGUUUGGAAAGUGCUCCAGCUGCCCUUGCUGGACUCUUUUCUGGAAAAAAUGUUGGUAAGCAAGUCAUUCGAGUAGCCUCCGAAUGAGUGUUGCCUAAUGUGACAUUACAUGACAAAGGUGAAAUGUGUUAAUGUGACGUACCAUGACAAAGGUGAAAUGUGCUCUAGGCUUCACGAUGAAUCAUGAAUGAGACAUUCAACAGUGCUCUAAUUGAAAUACCCUUGUAUGAAUCAUGAUUGAAACAUUUAAAAUAAAUAUCUGUGAUUUCAUUCA